AACAGAAGAAGAAGAAGAAAAAGAAGAAGAAAGAUUUUUGUCCCUCUUCGGCGUCCAUACCUAUCAGCCGUUUUUUUGAAUGUACUGCGCGGUUGGCACUUCGCUUGAGUUUAGAGAAACCUAGGAUGGCCUCUACUAAUGAUUACAGCGUGUUUAAAACCCCCAUCAGAGGCAGGGUGAGGAGUUCUGGGAGCAGUGGAGGUGGGACCCCUAUCACCAUUCCUGCUUCACCAUUCAUGAAGAAGUUGGGUUGUGGAACUGGAGUCAGUGUUUAUCUGAUGAACAGAGUGGGGAAGCUCAACUCAUCUCCAUGGGCUGUGAAGAAGAUCAACAGUAAAUGUGCAUCCAAACAGUCGGCUGUUUACCAGCUGCGUCUAAAUGAGGAGGCAGAGAUCCUAAAAGGAAUAGAUCACCCAAAUAUUGUUGGUUUCCGUGCCUUUGCUACAGCAAAAGACGGUUCAAAGUGUCUGGCUAUGGAAUAUGGAGGAGAGCAGUCCCUCAACGACCUGAUAGAGAAGCGGAGGGAGAAUGGACUAAAAGCUUUUCCCGCUGCUAACAUAGAAAAGGUGGCUCUGCAUGUGGCGCGUGGGCUGAAGUACCUUCACAAUGAGAAGAAGCUUCUGCAUGGGGACAUGAAGUCGUGUAACGUGGUUAUCAAAGGUGAUUUUGAGACUGUCAAGAUCUGUGACGUUGGUGUCUCUCUGCAUCUCUACGAGAACAUGAAAGUGUCUGACCCUAAGGCAGAGUAUAUCGGCACAGAGCCGUGGAAGCCAAAAGAAGCUCUGGAGGAGGGAGGAGAAAUCACCGAUAAGGCAGACAUCUUCGCCUUCGGUCUGACCCUGUGGGAGAUGAUGACUCUGGACAUGCCUCACCUGCAGAUGCUGGACGGUGAUGAAGACGAUAACGGGGACGAUUCAAUGGAGGAGAGCUUUGAUGAGGAUGCCUAUUAUGAGCGUUUGGGGACGAGGCCACCGCUGGACGCUGCAUCUCUGGGCACCUCGUACAGGAGGAUGGUGGAGCUCUUCUGUCUUUGCACUGAGGAAGACCCUAAGAAGAGACCAUCAGCUGCACAGAUUGUCCAGGCCUUAGAGGACAACACUGUGUUGGACAGAGCACCAUGUGAGGUGAUCGUUAUUGAUUAACAUCUUCAUUUAUUGCUCUGAACUCUUGUAAAUGUUAACCAUUUGUCUGGAACAGUUAAAACACUGUUUUAUAAUUGUCAUUUCUAUGUUUUGUCAUCUUUUACUGUAUCCUUUACUUCAUUAACUUUUUCACAGUAAACCAUAAAAUGCUCUUACUAUUGUCUUUUUGUAAAUAAGUGUAAAAGUGGGUGGGGAAAAAAAUAUCCUUAAAAGAAUUUUUGUUAAAUGCGCGAAGCAGGAACAUCCCUUAAAGGGGAAAGAGUUGUUCAACCAAACUAGCUUAAUUCACCAGAUCGUAUCUUACUUUUAUCAAUACUUAUAUUACAAAUGAGAAAAACAUAAACGUAAAAGAAAAGAAAGCCUUGUUUUAUAAUUUGAUAAGGGCAUCGCCAUGUUGAAGUACCUCGCACGGCGAUGUCCAGGGAUAGAUUAAUGCUAGCUCUAGCAGUUGUAUAGAUUGGAAGCACUGCUGAUAGAUCACAACCAUAAAACCCUUUCAGCUUUAUCCUCCAUCAAACCAAAUGUUCUAUGGUUGAUCUGUCGCCAGUAUAUCCAAUUGCUAGAGCUACUGUUAAUCAACCCUGUGAGGUCACCAUUCGAGGUACUGCAACAUGGUGGCACCCUUACCAAAGAAUUAUAAAACAAAAGGUUUUUAAUUUUACUCUUUACGUUUAUAAUUUAAUUAUCGAUAACAGUAAGACACAAUCCCAUGAACUAAGUUUGAUCGUUUGAUUUCCCCUUUAACAGUGAUGGAAUUCGUGUUUCAGAAAUAUUUCGCCUUCAAAGUGCAGAAUACUUCCAACGGGUACAUGGAAAAUGAAUCCUAUUAUGUUGAACAUGUCUCACAAAUUGAGAUUGUCAGUUAAAACUGAACUCACAAUAAAAACGCUUAAAAGUAACAUCAAAUUGUAUGAACUUUUAUUUUCCCACUGCAGCAGGGGAAGGGAUAUUAAAACAUUCAGGGAAAAGGGCUGCAUUAUAAAUACAGAAUACUAAACCUUACCCAAUAGAAACAACUUUACACACAAAGCUUUAACAAAAAACAGCUUUGCAUAUAAUUAACAUUCAGCAAAAAAACCUUUAACACGAAAAACUUCAGAACUUCACGCCAAUUAAUGCAGCAUAUUUAAUGAACUGUUGCUUCCUUCUUAUGCUAUGAAGUUGUAAAUAAGGAAGGUUGGGGUGUUGCAGUACUUGGUGGCAAACAGCUUCCCAUCAGGUGUUGGAUCAGAAAAUGCAAUUUCGUCCUUGCUCAGAUAACUUCCAAACAUGAAGGUGCUCCUU